CUUUUCAAACUGGCUGGACUUAUGGUUUCCACCUGGUUAACAGAUGAAAACAAAUCACAUAGACGCAAGGAUGGACUUUUCGUAUUUUCCCAUUACCUUUUUACCUUAGCAACUGCAUAGCAACACCCUGGCAACCACCUGUAACAGUCUAGUGUCAAAUUUUGCACAGGCCCUCAGCUUUUCCUCAGAAAAUCUGUUAUGUGUAUUGCACUUUAUUUUACUUGAUUCUUUCAUUUACUUCCUACACAUGUAGUGCGAUGUGCAAAUGAAGAGGAAUGCAAAUGCGGGCCUGAUUUUCUCCCCAAACCUGCUCAGUGAGCGUCUCACCCUCAUCCAGUCAGACCGGAGAAACAGAAACACACUCACACACUCACAGCUGGAACAUUUACACCGACUCUGUCCCAGGUGCGCGUGGAGUACAUUAGGCUCAACUUUAUUUUAUUUUUACAUUCUGAAUUUACACCCUCAGAAUGAGUGCUCGUCUAUGGACAGAGGAGCAGUUUAACUGCCCCGUCUGUCUGGAUCUGCCCUCUGACCCUGUGACCAUCCCAUGUGGCCACAGUUACUGCAUGGCCUGCAUCGCAGAUUACUGGGACAAUGAAGGCAGGAAAAAUGGCACCUACAGCUGCCCAGAAUGCCGGCAGACCUUCAACCCUCGUCCCACUCUCUGCAGGAACACCAUGCUGGCCGAAGCCGUGGAGCAGCUCCGCCGAGGGGCCCUCAGCUCCGCUGGGCGAGAGUCCAUCAAGAGCGCCCGGAGCGCAGCGUCCUCUGCGUCUGAGCGUGCGCGCACACGGAGCAAAGGGGCAUCGAAAAAGCUGCCAGGUUCGGCGGUGCCCUGUGACCGCUGCCCUGAUCCCAGAGCGGCCGUAAAGACGUGUUUGGUGUGCAUGGCAUCGUUCUGUGAGACUCACCUGAAGCCUCAUAACAUGCAGGAGACGCUGAAGAACCACGAGCUGAUCGCGCCCACCAGUGACCUGAGCCAGAAAAUCUGCCCCGAGCACAAGUACCUGCAGGAGUUCUUCUGCCGCUCCUGUCAGAUGUACGUGUGCUGGCUGUGCACCAGCAACCAGCACAAGGGCCACGAGAGCGUCUCCACACAGGCUGAGAGAAAUGAGAAGCAGAAAGAGCUGGGUGCAGUUCUGUCUGAGAACCAUCAGCGACUCCAGGACAGAGAGAGAGAACUGAAAGACAUGAAGAAAGUCUUAGACACACUCACGAGGUCCUCAGAAACGGUGCGGGACGAGGCGGACGUGGUCCUGUCUGAACUCCAGGAGUCAGUGCAGCGGAUGCUGGAGCUGCUGCAGGACGUGAUGGUCUCCACUGCGCAGGAGAAACUCAACGAGGCUCAGGAAGUGGUGACCAAACUGGAGGCCGAAGUCAAACAGCUGAAGAAAAAAGAUAAAAAAUUGAAAGAGCUCAUCAACUGCCAGGACAAUAUCCACUUCCUGAAGACGCAUCAGUCUCUGUGCUGCCCGCUGGAAGGGGGAGAUCUGGGAGCUGUAACCGUGAACCCUGAAGCCACGUUUGAUCCUGUCAGGAGCGUCGUCGUCCAGCUGAGGGAGAAAGUGGAGGAGAUGUGUGACCAGGAGCUGGACAAGAUCAACAAGACGGUGUACAACACCACAGCGUUCACCGUAGCGGACCGCAACGGACAGAAAACAGGAGGCAUAAUGAAACUGUUUUCUGGAAAAGGAGCCAGAACCACUCGUGCACAAGGACCCCCACCACUGCCUUCAGUAAGCACACGAGGAACAGUGAACACGCGUACACAAGCUGUCAGAAGCAAUGAGCCCAGAGUUAACAGAGUUGUUACAAACUCCCCAAGACAAGCCAGAUCCCCGAGAGAGGAGAAAGAUGACACUGACAGGAGUCGCAGUUCCUUGAGACCAAGAGAAACACAAAGGAGAGAGGAAAGAGAAAACAAUAAUGCAGACACCUGGAGUUUAAGUUCAGUGAGAUCAAGAGGGAGACCGAGUGGAGAAGACAGAGAUCAGGAAAGAGAAAAUCAGGCCUCUCAAAGACGUCAAAGCACACAGAGCAGAAACACACGUGAUGAAGAACCAGCGGACCGCUGGAGUUUGAGUUCAAUAAGGCCGAGACUGAGGAGAGAGGACAGAGAACAAGUCAACGGAGAAGCUCCGAGUCCCUCACAGCAGAGGUCAAACGCUGUGGACAGACAGCAGCCGGCCAGACAAUCGGACAGAUGGAGUCUGAGCUCUCUCUUGCCCAGAAACAGGAAGAAAAGACAGGACACAGUGAAAGAGGCCACACCCACUAUCCAGGAGGCGGAGUCAGUGAGACCUCGUAGCCUCUCCCGUGCCAGUGCCUGGGGAGAGCCAACAGAAGUGAUUCCUGGGCUGUUCCUGGACUCACCUACUGACAGUCCAGUGGUCAAUCCUGCUUUUCCCACACUGAGAGAAAUUAACAUUGACAGUAUUCAGGCCCCAGAGCCCAGAAGCAGAGACGAGUUCCUGCAAUAUGCUUGUGAUUUGACCCUGGAUCCAAACACAGCCCAUCGGCGUCUGGUCUUGUCUGAUGGAGACACCGUGGCCACCCUUCAGCAGACGUCUCAGCCGUACCCCGACCUCCCUCAGCGCUUCGACGGCUGGACGCAGGUGCUCUGUCUCCAGCCCCUCUCCUCUGACCGCUGCUACUGGGAGGUGGAGUGGAGGGGGCGUGGCUCUUCUCUGGGUGUGGUCGGUGGUUCCAUGUCCCGCAAAGGGGCAGAUUCAGGGGCGGGGGUUGGGUAUAACAGCCAAUCGUGGAGCUUGGAGCUGUCAGACAUGUGCUGCGCAGCCAUGCACGCCAAUCAGAAGGUGGAGAUCCCCGUGACCUACAGCCCUCGAGUCGGGGUGUUUCUGGACAGGACCGCAGGGACUCUGACUUUCUAUAGUGUGGAUGAUGAGUUGGUUCCUCUCCAUGCUUUUCAAGGGUCGUUCCCACCACCGCUGUACGCUGCGUUCGGGGUGGGCUGUGGGGUCGGCGUGGGGCUGGAUUUUGCCAUGGGGCAGUUCAGCUCCACGUCAGACAGCAUUAAAAUCUGUCCCUUGUGAACUGAGCGAAUCUCACAAAAAUAAUAUGCAGGUCAUAUUUCACCCCAAAAUCAAAAGAAAAAAGAAUGAAUUAUAUUUUGCAAGAAAAUGAAGCCUAUUGGCAAGACCAAAAUUAUUUUUCAUAAAGAUUCAGUACUUUCCCCUCCAAAUUUAUAUUACCAUAAUGUUUCUAUAGUAACAUUUUUGUACAAUUAUGAUUUUCAUUUCUGCAAUACAGCCAUGUUAAUCAUACUGUCUAGACAUUUAAAUAUGCAAAAAUAAAAUAAAUAUUUUAUUCAUAUAACAGUAAUAAAUUAUAUAUAUAUAUUUUUUAACUAUAGUAAUGAGAAGCGAGAUAUAAUGAUUAUUAAUUGUCAUAAAAAUCUUUUUUUAUAUUUUUAUUUCCCCAUCGAACAUGUUUUUCCUACACUUUUUUGGGACCAGGAUUGAAUGGUUAUGGCAAAAAAUUACUAAUAUAAAUUAUUAAAAUAAUUAUUAUAUUAAAAUAUGUAAUUAUACUGUACAUAAAAAUAAUUGUUCUACCAAUAGGCUUCAAUUAAAAAAAAAAAAAAAAAGCACAUUUUCAAUUUCAUAGCUUAUAGCUCAACAUUUGUUUGUAAUUCUCAUUAUUCAAUUAUGAUUUUAAUUUUGGAAGUACAGCAAGAUUUGUAAAUCUGCAAAAAUCAAAUGUUUUAUUUAUGGUAAUAAGAAUGAUAAUGUUACAAUACAUAAAAAAAAACAACUUGUGGCUUUAAUUCUGAAGAUGUGUUUAAUUUAUGCAAAAUGUAAUUUAUUUUUCUCUUCUAGACAUGUUUAUCCACCCUUUUAGAGAAUAAAAAUUGUAUGGUUAUGGCAAAUAAUUAUUAACAUAAAAUAAUUAUUAAUGUAAAGCAAAAUAACUUAUGCAUAAGGGAAAUUAUUUGUACUGUCACUAUAAUAUACCAAAAAUGUUUGUAAACCUAAAAUGAACUUGAAUAAAAAGCUGUGUAUAGAUAUCAAACUUCUCAGGAUGAAAUGACAGGAACACCGACAUUGAAUUUGUUCGUUUUAUUAUAAAAAAAAAAAAACACAACAUAAUGAUACUAAUACAGGGUUCUGACAGCUAAACACAGGAGAACACACCGAGGCUGUGGUUACUAUGUCAAAAGCACAAAAGAAAUCACCUGGUGCUUGAUGUCACAACUUGUGGCAUCAUCUUCAAGCAUUGACCUUUGACCUCAUUGGCAGCAGAGAGCUUGAUGACAUCAACAGCAGGAUGUAAAUAAGGACACUUUGAUACAGAAAUCAAAUCAUGCGUUUAGUACCAUACACUUCAGCUGGGAUUAGAGAUAAAGCUAGUGAUGUAUAGAUGCAGCAAGCAUGCUGGUAUUAUUCUGAAGGAGUUGUACGAUGUGAUUGAUUUGACCAACUUUCGAUUUUGUUCUUGGCAUAGCUGACAAAAGCUUAUUAAAAUGUCUUUCCUGUAACAGUUUUUGAACCAAACGGUUUUCCUUGUGCUGUCAUCAUGUCAUUUAUUAGAAAGCACAAAAGGUCAGUUUACCACAAAAACAAACACGUUCACAUACGUUUUAGCUUAUAAAAUGACAAUUCAGGCAAGAAAGACAAAUAAUUUUGGUUUAAACCCAAAAAGCUCUUUGAAUCUUGAGUCCCUUCUCAAACUCCACCAAAAACAUGAAAUAUAUUAAAAUCUCAUUCCUAGCUGAAUGGUUAGUAAAGAAUAUUAGCUAUCUCUCCGGUUAAAUGUAUUAACGUACUCUAGUCUUACCUUACGGUUAGAUAACACAUGUAAUGCCUAUUUACUAAAACACACACAAUUCUAGUGGGUUAAAAAUGAAAAGUGCAUAAAAUGAGGAAAGUAGGGAAAUAAGUGAAGAUGGUGUCACUAAGGAAUUCAUUCUGGGGUCAAAGUGUCAAGACCACGUAAUACAGUGGUUGACAUCUUUAGGGCUUCUUCAGAAAGGUUUCUGUAUUCACUAGAAAUACAAUUUGUAUGCUUUAUAUUUAAGGGGUAGAAUGAGAAC